AUGAACGACUUUUUGGCCGGCGUGCAAUCCGAAUCCCUCGAGCAGCUGUUGAACGAAGUCCGCGCAAAGACGGCCCCAUUCGGCAAUACAGGUGCAUCUGCCCUAGAUGAUCUCUUACGACGUACUUCAGACUCUGGAUCACCCUUGUCGUGUCUAGGCCGUGGGCAUGUACUCGAGAUCCAAGGUGGUCCGGCGUCUGGCAAAACUCAUCUACUGUACCAGCUCGUCUCCACUUGUGUUCUUCCUGUAAACUCUGGCGGCUGGAAUAAGGCUGCGAUCGUGUAUGACGCAGAUCAGACGUUCGACAUCAAGCGCUUGUAUCAGCUCAUGCGCCGUAGAGUUGAACGUCAAUCCCGCAGCCAACGUGACGAUAUUGAUGCACAUGCCGUGGUUAUGACCGCCCUUCGUAAUCUACGCUUGUUCCCCGUGGCUUCCACCAUUCAGCUUGCCGCCAGCAUCAGCAGCCUUCCCACUUAUCACGCACAAUACCUCCCAACAUCCGAAAUAGCUCUUCUCGCCAUAGACUCCAUGUCGGCUUUUUAUUGGCAAGACCGGUUCACAGGAGAGAAAAGGCGACCUCGUAAUACAACCCGAUCAUAUGGACACAUGGACUCUGCAGAUGGAAGUGCUUUACACCGAGUGCUCGUUGCACUCGAGAAGAUACGCAUCUCGCACGGCCCUGUCAUCGUUAUGACUAACUGGGGAAUCCACGCGGACACUUCAUCUCCGCUGUUCUAUCGACAACACCUACCCGCGUUCCCUGAGCUCCCUCCUCAAUCGGCCGGUGCUUAUCCAACACUCACGCAUUGCAUCGCUUUGCAUCGGAAUAUGCCUGUCAAACUGCCGUCCGGGUCACUGCCUGCUUCAAUGGAGUCACGACAAGCAGAUGAAAGACCACGGUCUCGGCCCGAGGUUAAAGGCUACGUUCUGUCUGCUGGCCGUCCACAGAUCGGGUUCUUCACUAUACAUCUCAACUCGAGGCAGGUUUUCGAGAUAGGCCAGAGGAUGGAGGACGAUGCCGAUGUUGAGAUGGAAGAGUACAGUCAAAAUAUAAUUACAUGA